AUGUUCCACCCUCUCGAAUCUCCUACCCCCUCUCUCUUCGAAGGCAAUGAUAUGCCAUCACCCGAACAGGAAGCUCGUAUCCAAGAAGCCAUUCGUCUGGCCGAAGAAGAAAAGAAUAGGAUUCCCAAGGAUGAGUACAGGGUUCUGCGUAUAAUGGCCGAGGAGUUCCCUGAAGCACAGCUUGUCCUGGACAACCCGGACUGCCUUUGGAUGAAGACGCCCCGUCUCGAAGUUCUAGAGAUCGAGGGUGUCGAGAAAGAAGACAUGAUCGUAAAAGACCUCCUUACCUACACCCUCCCGAAGCCCUCCCUCAUCCGCUCAUUCAAGUUUCUCGUGAGUUCGCUCGGAGGAGAUGACUGCCGUGCGCUUCUCGAGGCAAUGCCCCUCCGUGAGGUUCUCGAACUUUUUGACCCCCUGCAGGUUUAUAUCCAGGUGCUGGGAGUGCUCGACCCAGCUGAAUCCGCACCGGGGUUGUUCCGAGUCAUCAAAGCGACGAACCGCGACUCCGUUGACAUUGGGCUCAAGUUCCCGCUCGUGCUGCGGCUACGCUCACUCGUGAUCCACAAUUUCACGUCGGGCUUCCAGGAGCUGGCCGCUGUGGAUAAAUUUGAGGAUGUGUAUGGCCGCAGGCGCCUCUCUGGGUUGGACGCAGCAUGCGCCGAGUCAACGGCCGCUCUCGAAACCAAGGUUGAAGAGAAUUUAACGAUCUUCCUCACGUUCAAGACGCCCCGCGCGUGUGAUAAGGUCCAUAACCAGGUCGAGGGGUAG